UUACUGCCCAGUAGCUUGUAGACUAUGGGAACUGAGCUGCUUCAUCCUUAAGCACAGCAACUUUAGCUGGAUUUUAACUCUUUUAUUUGAAUCCCAUCUUACACGGAAGAUGGAAGAAUUCUCAGACUCGAGCAAGACUUUGGACAAUGAAAAGCCAAAAAUUUUACAGCAUGGUGCUUUCACAAAGGCUGCACCAUUUAAAGAAGAAAAAUACUGUCGGCACGUGAGUGAUGCCAUUGCUAACAACUACAGUCCAGCUGCAAGAGACUUUUCAACACACUCAGUCUACAAACUUAACAGAAUUACCGAACAUUCAGAGGCAAACCGGCUAGAGAACACAGCUGGAUUAUCAUGUCAAAAAGCUCUUUAUCGAAAUCUCAGAAUUGUCAAGAAAAAAGAUGCAUGGAAUAUAUUGUGCAAGCCAAUAGCUGCUGGCUCCUGGAAUGAAGACCACUGUGAGUUUUUCAGCAAUGCAGCAACCCAGGGAACUGAAUGCCAGUCAGAACACAGCGCAUCAUCCAAUUGCAUGCCUGCCUUUGAUCUUGGACUGAAAAACUCCGAACCUCUCCCUCCAAUCCAGGAGCAAAUAAAUAGUAAGGAGAAGAGGCAUCCCUCGAUUCAGUGCACAGACACUCUGAGACACAAAAACCAGGGCGACUAUCAUUACAAGAGCACAAUUCAACCUGUUUGGAUUGCAGACUGCAGCAAAUACCUGUCUCCCAGUAGGAGUUUCCGAGCUUUUCCAACAUCACCAGACAAUGCAGAGAGCCUCGGCUUACACAGGCCACUGUCUUUCUCUCAAGACAAAGCCGGUCUUUCUCUCCACACACCUGCAAGAGAGGAGCUAGGGGAGCUGAGAAGGUAUAGCCGGUCUGAAAUCCGUACAUCCUCUGACAAUACCAAGAAAAAAAGAAACGGCAAAUAUCUUGAUUCUGGACCAGAAGACAGAAGAGAACAUGAUGCAGCCACCAGAGCAGUACUCGGUGUGGUGUUUCCUCCAUCAAGGUACUCCACACAUGGCCUCUCAAGACCAGGAACACCUACAGAAGGACACAUAGAUCGAUAUUACAGGCUUAUUGAAGAAUCCAUCGACCCUUGUAUGGUGACUCCGCUUAGUUCAGAAUGGCUUCAGGGAAUCUAUUCAUACAUACCAGCAGAACUUUGCCACGCAUGGAACAAAUCCCUUCAGGAUUUAACAAAGGAGGCAGAGGAGAAUUAUGUAAAUGCCAUAAAGAAAUCCAUUUUGGAUUAUCUGUUAUUGGAUCCAAUGGAACAAGAGAGACUUGGAAUAGAAAUUCCUACCAAGUUGUCGAACAGUGCUGGACGGGAGAGAUUUCCCUGGCAUGAAAAUAUAUGUAAUGCACGUGUUAAGCUAAAGAAGAACUUGCACAUUACUCAUCCAGUCAUGACCUCCAUCCAGGUCAACUUUUAUACCAAGUAUGAAACCUUUCGACUGGUCGACAUUAAGAGCCUCCUUGCUGUUGUCCCGUUGAGACUUGAUCUCCUUGUGAAUCACAUGAAUAUUGUUGCUAAGAAAAGAUCAGACACAUUGAGAGAAUCGUGGUUAAAGGAUUGCUGUGAUAUUGUAAAUGCGAACAGAGAAGCCAUUGAAUCAUUGAUGCCACAAGAUGAUGAGAGGUUACGAAGGAGGAAGAUGGAUCAUUUCUUUUGUAGCGUAGCUACACUGAUGUCCAAUCUGCUAAGAAACAUAGUUAAAGCAUCUCUUGCUGAUCUUGUUAACAUGAUUGAAACCUACGGAAAGGGGAAUCGCUACUACAGAAACAGUCUCCCUGACCACCUCUGGCGUCCGGUGAAACCCAAUCUUAUUUGGAUCUAUAUGAAGCCAUCCUUAAGUGAAUCAGAUGUCAACAUUUAUCCAUCUGUCGAGGAGAUGGCCCACAACUUCGACAAUAUAGUUGAAAGUUUGGUUAUCAGUGUCCAACAGAUGCCAAGAAUUGAACAUUCUCUCUUCCAGGCUGUAGAUAAUCUGAAAAUCAAAUACAUCAGCUCAGUGCAAAUCCAUGAAGAGAUUGUCCUGUCAGCCCGGGCAAGAAUAAAAGCUGUGAUUGAAAACAACAUCCAUGGUCCAAGCAGAUACUCCCUUGUGUACAAACCUUUCCUGCAUCUGCUUUCACCCCUUACGGAAAAGAGGCUUGAAAAGCUAAUAAACCAAGAUGUCAGCCUCAGUGUUUAUGGGCGAGAAAUUGAAAGCAUGAAAAAGCUGGCAUCAGGUGUUGCCUCUUUGCCAUUAUAUGUGCCCAUGGAGAUGCUCCUGAUAGACUGCUCUGACGUUAAUCAGCGGAUGAUUGAUCAUACCCGCCAGCUGACUAAUAUCAUAAUUAACAAAGUUGCUGCCACGUCUGAGAAGUUUAAUCGAAAAAUUUGCCAGCAAUAUGAUGGCAUAGUCACAAGGAUCAGCACCAUUGCUGCUUCCACCUCUGCUCUUGUAGAGCUUCAGGACUAUAUAGACAAACUAAGAAGCGUGGAGCUUUUAGAAAUUAAGGAAAAACUAGAAGUUGCUGCAGCAAACCCCCUUUUCCUGAUGGACUAUGCAUCCUUGUCUAAAGAGGACAUUAUUCUAAAUGGCAACACAUUUUCCUGGCCUGAAAGGAUCAUUCCUAUCAUCAGUGGCAGUGAGACACGACUGCAGAGGGAGCACGAUGGAGCUCUACUGAAGCUGUCUCGGUGGCAGCAGGAUUACACUACACGCUUGGCUGAGGCGGCCACUGAGGUGAAAGAAUUUCAGAAGAAAGAACGUAUGAGUGAAGCUGGCGUUUAUGUGCAGAAGCUCAAUGCCAUCAACAGGAAAAUGCAGGAGUUUAUUGAAGAGAAGGCAAUGAUUAACCAAGAAGAGCAACUUCUAGAAACAGGGCAGAUAAGCACAUUUAAUCAGAUACAAGAAAUAUGCAAAAUGAAGGAGCCUUAUGAGAAGCUAUGGACCACUGCAAUGCAUUUCACCUCUUUCUAUGACAAAUGGAUGAAUGGCCCCCUGCUACAAGUCAAUGCAGAGGAGGUACAGGAAGAGGUACAGAAUUUAUGGAAGAUCAGCUACAAGUUGACAAAAGCAUUUCAUCAUCCGGAUUUACACAGGCCUUUGAAAGUAGCUACAACCAUUAAGACUCGGCUUGAAAAGUUUAAGCUCAGCAUGCCUCUUGUUACAGCUUUAUGUACACCAGGGAUCAAGCCGAGACAUUGGAACCUAAUGAGUAAAAAGGUUGGGUUUAACAUUACACCACACGAUGGCACCUCCCUACUUGACAUUUUACAACUUGGUCUUGAAAAAUAUCUGGAUGAUUUAAACCAAAUCAGUUCUCAAGCCAGCAAGGAGUAUGCUCUGGAGAAAGCCCUUAAUAAAAUGAAGGCAGACUGGGAGAACAUUUGCUUUAUAUUUACACCCUACCGGGACAGGAACACCUAUAUAUUGGCAGCAGUAGACGAGAUUCAGGUUUUGCUGGAUGAUCACAUUGUGAAAACUACAACCAUGAAAAGCUCCCAGUUUAUAGCUCCGUUCGAGAAAGAAAUAUUAGCAUGGGAGGCUAAUCUGUGGCUCUUACAAGAGAUUUUAGAAUGCUGGCUCAAAGUUCAGAUGGCCUGGCUGUACCUAGAACCUAUUUUUGGGUCAGAAGAUAUACGUAACCAGAUACCAGUUGAAGGAAAAAAAUUUGAAAUGGUUGAUUCAAACUGGAGGCUAAUAAUGAAGGAGUCUAUAGAGGAGGCCAAUGUCAUGAGGGUUAUCUCACAGCCCCAGAUGCUGGAUAACUUAAAGGAGGCAGAACUGCUCUUGGAUGACAUUCAGAAAGGCCUGAAUGAUUAUUUGGAGAAGAAAAGGCUAUUCUUUCCAAGGUUUUUCUUCCUCUCAAACGAUGAGCUGCUAGAAAUCCUCUCGGAGACAAAGGAUCCCCUGAGGGUCCAGCCACACCUAAAGAAAUGCUUUGAAGGAAUCGCAAAGCUUACAUUCAACGCCGAGAAGGAAAUCACACACAUGGAAUCAGCAGAAAGUGAAAGUGUCGAGCUUGUGACAAGAAUAAUUCCAGCCAAUGCCAAGGGGCUGGUGGAGAAAUGGCUUUAUGAGGUGGAGAGAACCAUGAAAAUAUCAAUCCAGGAAGUUAUGACACAAUCUAUCAAUGCCUAUGUCAAGACUGAAAGGAAGGAGUGGGUUCUACAAUGGCCUGGACAAGUGGUUUUGGCUUCUAGCAUGGUGCAUUGGACGAUGGAAGUUUCAAAGGCUAUUAUGCAGAUGGGAGGACUGGAAACAUAUUUGAAGCAAAGCAAUAAACAGAUUGAAGACAUUGUUAGUUUAGUGAGAGGAAGGUUAACAAAAAUGGAACGUAUCACACUUGGUGCACUUAUCACUAUUGAUGUUCAUGCUCGGGAUGUGGUUUCCAGCUUGUAUACCCGUAGGAUUACAAGUAACUCUGAUUUUAGCUGGAUCGCACAACUCAGAUAUUAUUGGGAAGAAAAAAAUGUUGUUGUACGAAUGGUCACAACAACUGUACCAUAUGGAUCGGAAUAUUUGGGCAACUCAGGGAGACUUGUCCUUACACCACUUACUGAUCGCUGCUUCAGAACCUUAAUGGGAGCACUACAGCUCAAUCUUGGUGGGGCUCCAGAAGGUCCAGCUGGAACCGGGAAAACAGAGACAUGUAAAGACUUGGCUAGAGCAGUAGCUAAACAGUGUGUUGUUUUUAACUGCUCGGAUGGACUAGACUAUAAAGCCAUGGGGAAAUUCUUCAAAGGUCUGGCACAGUCUGGAGCUUGGGCAUGCUUUGAUGAAUUUAAUCGUAUUGAGCUGGAGGUGCUUUCUGUAGUCGCCCAACAAAUUCAGACAAUUCAACGGGCAAUAUCCGAGCAAGUAAAAACCUUUAUAUUUGAAGGAACUGAAAUAUGUUUGGACUCAUCCUGUACAGUAUUUAUUACUAUGAAUCCAGGAUAUGCAGGAAGAGCUGAACUUCCAGAUAACUUGAAGGUUCUUUUUCGGACCGUGGCUAUGAUGGUUCCAGAUUAUGCAUUGAUCGCUGAAAUCUCUUUGUACUCAAUGGGUUUUGUUGAUGCGCGUAGUCUUGCUGCUAAAAUUGUUGCUACUUACAGGCUAUGCUCUGAACAGCUGUCUUCACAACAUCACUAUGAUUAUGGCAUGAGAGCAGUGAAAUCAGUACUGACUGCAGCUGGAAAUCUAAAGGUUAAAUGUCCAGAAGAAAAUGAGGAAGUGCUGAUGCUUCGAUCAAUCCGUGAUGUCAAUCUUCCAAAGUUCUUGUCCCACGACAUUCCACUUUUUGAUAGCAUCAUUUCUGACCUCUUCCCUGGGGUUGCUUUACCUUCUUCUGACCACGGCAGCCUGUCUGUGUCCAUCAGGGAAAUCAUCCAGAAAAUGAAUCUGCAGCCUGUCCCCUGCUUCAUCAAGAAGAUAAUACAAAUCUAUGAAAUGAUGCUUGUCCGUCAUGGUUUUAUGUUAAUUGGAAGCCCACUGGGAGGAAAAACAUCUGCCUUGAAAGUUCUUGCUGGAGUGUUACACGACUUGGAAGCAAAAGGACUCAUGGAUGAACAUGGAGUGGAUUAUGUUUUUAUAAAUCCAAAGGCAAUCACUAUGGGGCAGUUGUAUGGCCAGUUUGAUCCAGUUUCACAUGAAUGGAGUGAUGGUGUUCUGGCUAAUGUGUUCCGAAACCAUGCUAUGAGCCUGACAAAGGGUAGAAAAUGGUGCAUCUUCGAUGGACCAGUUGAUGCAGUGUGGGUAGAAAAUAUAAACACAGUUCUUGAUGAUAACAAGAAGCUCUGCCUGAUGAGUGGAGAGAUCAUUCAAAUGAGCUUACAACAAAAUGUGAUUUUUGAGGUCCUGGAUCUUGAACAGGCUUCCCCUGCUACCGUCAGUAGAUGCGGUAUGAUCUACAUGGAAGCUAAGGACUUAGGAUGGCAGCCAUUAACAGAGUCUUGGCUGCAAACAAAGCUCCCAGCAAUUCUUAGUCCUGAGGAAUGCCAGAUUGUUCAGAUGAUGUGCAAAUGGCUACUUCCUACAUGCUUGGACUUUGUCGAGAAGAAGUGCAAAUUUGUAAUUCAGACAUCCCCUAUGCACCUUACAAUGUCCAUGCUGAAACUUUAUGAAUGCUUGCUGUUGAACAUGAGGUCUGCAAAGACUGGUGCUGAUAAUGAGGAUGAAGUCAUUGAUGGUUCAGAAGAGACAAAUGCAGAAAGUUAUCACACAGUUAGUAAACAAAUGAAAGACGAGUGUAGAAAUAUGCUUGUGGCCUAUGGCUUUUUUUCAGUCAUCUGGUCUGUGGGAGGAAUUCUUUGUUCUGAGUCCAAACAGUGUUUCAGUGAGUUCUUAAAAAACUUAUGUGAACAAGAUUUAUCUUAUCCAAGGCCCAAAGGUUUACAUCUGCCUAAAGGAGAGAGUGUUUAUGAUGUAGUCUAUUUAAAAAAUACAUUUUCUUCUUGGUGUCUAUGGAAAGACCUUGUUGUACCAACCAAAAUUGAAAAUAUUUCUAAGACAGAUGAAAAAGACAUGCAGCUGAUGCUUAAUGACAUUAUAGUGAGUACACCAGGGACCGCUAUGCAGAUGUACUUCCUGGAGACAUUGCUUCUUCAAGACAAGCCAUUACUUUUUGUUGGCCCCACGAGCACUGGAAAGACAGCUAUUACCAACAGCUUCCUGAGACGGUUACCUCAAGAAAAAUAUGCUGUAUGUCAAAUUAACUUCUCAGUGCAGACUUCAGCUAAUCAGACCCAGGAUAUCUUCCUAACAAAACUCGAAAGACGAAAGAAGAGGGUGUACGGAGCUCCACCGGGGAAAAGAGCCUUUGUCUUUGUUGAUGACCUAAACAUGCCUGCCAAGGAGAAAUAUGGAGCCCAGCCUCCCAUUGAACUGCUGAGGCAAUGGAUUGACCAUGGCUACUGGUUUGACAGGAAAGACACCAGUAUGAUGCACAUACAGGAUACAUCUAUUGUUCUAGCUAUGACACCUCCUUCUGGGGGUAGAAAUGCAAUCACUCCACGUCUUCUAAGACAUUUCAACAUACUGUCAAUAGAUGCUUUCAACGAUGAAACAAUGAAGAGCAUAUUUCAGCCCAUCACAGACUGGCAUUUCAGCCAUGGGUUUGAUACAUCUCUGAAACGAUAUUCAAGGAUACUUGUGUGGGCUACCAUGGAUGUGUACAGACAAGUGUCAGCUACAUUUUUGCCUAUGCCUUCUAGAUCUCACUACGUUUUUAGUUUACGAGAUUUCUCCCGGGUGAUCCAGGGAAUUACACUUAUGAAGCAUGAACAAAUACCUCAAGGGUCAGACGGAGCUCACAAGUUAAUGAGACUUUGGAUUCAUGAAGUCUACAGAGUCUUUUGUGAUAGACUUGUCAGCAGUCAGGACAGAAAGAUGUUUUUCCAUAUAGUGAAGAAUACAGUGCAGUCUCAGUUUAAAGAGAAGAUGGCACAUCUAUUCGCCCACAUGGUUAUUGGGAGAGAGAUACAGGAUGAUGACAUGCGCAGCCUCAUCUUCGGUGAUUACAUAACUGCAAAUAAUUCAGAGAAGUCUGAAAAGAUUUACAAUGAAAUCACGGAUAUGGAUAAACUUAAAAAUUGUAUGCAGUUGUGCUUGCAGCAAUUCAAUGCAAACAGCAAAACCUCUAUGGAUCUGGUAAUGUUUCAUUUUGCCAUUGAACACAUUUCUCGAAUAAGCAGAAUUCUGAGGCUUCCUUGUGGGCAUGCUCUGCUUAUUGGGAUAGAAGGAACAGGCCGUCAGUCUGCAACAAAACUGGCUGCAUAUAUGGCAGACUUUGAGCUCUAUCAAGUUAGCAUUCAGAAAUCAUACACAGUUAGUGAAUGGAGAGAGGAUCUGAAAAUGGUACUGAAAGCUUCUGGACAGAAUGGGACUCCAACUGUGUUUCUGUUUGCUGAUCAUCAAAUAAAGGAUGAGUCAUUUUUGGAAGAUAUCAGUAUGAUCCUGAGCACUGGUGAUGUUCCUACGCUGUUUAAUAAUGAAGAAAAACUGGAAGUCAUAGAAAAGAUGUGUCAGCUUUUGCCAGCUCCUGAAAUACGUGCCGAAGAUAUUCCAUCUGACUUGUACAGUAAAUUUAAGAAUCGCAUCAGAAAGAACCUCCAUAUUGUGCUGGCAUUUAGCCCCACUGGGGAAGCAUUCCGCCACCAUCUCCGUCAUUAUCCAUCUCUGGUUAACUGCUGUACUGUCGACUGGUUUCAGGCAUGGCCUGAAGAUGCUCUCGAGAAGGUGGCAAAUCAUUUUCUUGAUGAUGUUGAAAUGUCACAAGAAAUCAGAAAUGAAGCUGUGUUCAUGUGUCAGUACUUCCAUCAAAGUGUUGUUGCACUCUCGGAAAGGUUUUACGAAUCCAUGCAAAGACAUAUCUAUGUCACAUCAACAUCUUACCUCGAAUUACUCAAGACCUUUAAGAAUCUCUUAGAACAUAAAAGACUCCAGUUGUUAACCAGCAAGAACAGAUACAUGAUUGGGCUUGAAAAGUUGGCUUUUGCAUCCUCACAAAUCACAAUCAUGCAACAAGAGUUGACAGAGUUAAAGCCUAUGCUGAUUGAAAGAAGCAGAGAGACGGAAGAGCUGGUAAACAUUAUUGCAGAUGAGACUUUGGACGUGGAAGCGGUUAAAAGUUUAGUAGAAGCAGAUGAGGCUGCAGCUAACACGGCAGCUCAGGAAGCCAAAGCUAUUAAGGAAGAAUGUGAGCAGAAGCUAAGUGUUGCAAUUCCUGCACUCAAUUCCUCGAUUGCAGCACUUGAUACAUUAAAAGCCAGUGAUAUUACACUUCUAAAAACAAUGCAAAAUCCCCCAUCAGGAGUUCGCCUUACCCUGGCUGCUAUCUGCAUCUUAAAGGGAAUUAAACCAGAAAAAAAAGUGGAUUCGAGUGGAAAACCCAUUGAUGAUUUCUGGCUUGCUUCCAAAAAGAUGAUUGGAGACAUGAAGUUCUUGGAUUCACUAAAGGAAUUUGAUAAAGACAAUAUUCCUCCAAAGGUUAUUGCCCAGAUAAGAAGAGAUUUUAUCAGCAAUCCAGAUUUCCAGCCAGCUGUCAUUAAGAAUGUUUCUUCAGCCUGUGAAGGACUUUCUAGCUGGGUCAGGGCCAUUGAAGUCUAUGACAAGGUUGCCAAGAUUGUUGCUCCAAAACGCCAAAGACUGGAAGCAGCAGAAGCUGACCUGAGGAUUUAUACUGAGAAACUGAAUAUAAAGAGAGCAGAGUUGAAGGAUGUAAGCGAUAAGUUGGAAGUGUUGCAGAAUCAGCUAUCUCAGAAACUGAUUGAAAAGAGAAUAUUGGAGGAAAAUAUAGCGUUGACCAAGUUAAAGCUGGAGCGAGCAGAGAAACUAAUUAAUGGGCUCGGAGGAGAAAAGGAGCGCUGGACAAAUAUUGUUUUGCAGCUGGAGGAUACUUACCAAAAUAUAGUGGGAGACUUGCUAUUAAGUGCUGGAAUUGUGGCUUAUUUAGGUUCGUUCACUCCAGAAUUUAGACAGGAAAUAUCAAAAGAAUGGUUCAUUUUAUGUCAAGAGAAACACAUUCCUGUUUCGGAUGGAUUUGCACUCUCCAGCACUUUAGGAGAUCCUGUGAAAAUAAUGGAAUGGCAGUUGUACGGGCUACCAAAGGAUAAUUUCUCCAUAGAAAAUGCCAUUAUUGUGACAUCCGCUCAGCGCUGGCCUCUCAUGAUUGAUCCUCAAGGUCAGGCAAAUAAAUGGGUAAAAAACAUGGAAAAGAAUAAUAAAAUUCAAAUCUGCAAGGCUUCAGAUUCUGACUACAUUAGAACAGUUGGGAACAGCAUCCAGUUUGGGACACCUGUGCUAAUUGAAAAUAUAACAGAAGACCUUGAUCCGAUUCUGGAGCCAGUGCUACUAAGACAGACAUUUAAAAAGAACGGAGUGGAAUAUAUUCGUCUUGGGGAGGCUAUAAUUCAUUACAGCAGGGAUUUUAAACUCUACAUGACCACCCGUCUCCGAAAUCCUCAUUACCUUCCUGAAGUGUCUGUGAAAGUUACCCUUAUUAAUUUUAUGAUUACACCAAUUGGCUUGGAAGACCAGUUAUUAACAAUACUUGCUGCUAAAGAAAAACCUGAUUUAGAAGACAAGAAGAAUCAGCUCUACUUAGAAGGAGCAAAGACCAGAAAACAGUUGAAAGAGAUAGAAGAUCAGAUUUUGGAAGUGUUAUCUCUGUCACAAGGAAACAUCUUGGAGGACGAGCGGGCUAUUGACAUUCUUUCCUCCAGCAAGACAUUAUCCCAGGAGAUCCACGAGAAACAGGAAAUAACAAUGAAGACUGAAAAACAAAUUGAUGAGACUAGAGAUGGCUACAGACCUGUUGCAAACCACUCCAGUGUUAUAUUCUUUGUCAUUUCGAACCUGGCACACUUGAACUCUAUGUAUCAGUAUUCCUUGGCUUGGUUCAUUAAUGUGUAUAUGAAUGCCAUCAACAAAAGUGAACCAUCACAGAACCUUCAGGAAAGGAUAACCAACCUUAAUGACUAUUUUACAAACAGCAUUUAUGAACAUGUCUGCCGUUCCCUCUUUGAAAAGCACAAACUGCUCUUCUCAUUUCUACUUUGUGUGGGUCUUCAAAAGAACAAAGGUGUUAUCAAUGAUGCCGAGUGGCACUUUCUUCUUACGGGUGGUGUUUCACUGGAGGUUCCAAGAUCCAACCCUGAUCCUUCAUGGCUCAAAGAUAAAUCUUGGGGUGAAAUCCUCCGUCUUUCCACUUUACCUAGGUUUACUGGAUUAGAUGAUCACUUCUGCUCAAAUAUUCAGAAAUGGAAAAUUAUAUAUGAUUCAACUCUCCCUAAUGAAAUGGAAUUGCCAGACCCAUGGGAAGAUAUCCUCACCAGUUUUCAGAAAUUGCUGGUUAUACGUUGCAUACGACCUGACAAGGUUAUUCCCGCAGUUCAGCAAUAUGUCACUGAUAAAAUGGGGCCUGCCUACAUAGAUCCCCCAACAUUUGACCUGCAAAGAAGCUACAUGGAAUCUGCUUCCUGCACACCACUUAUAUUUGUUCUUUCACCGGGGGCAGAUCCCUUAGAAUCGCUGAUGCAAUUUGCAGAAGAACAAGAAAUGGGUAUGAAACUUCAGACAAUAUCUCUUGGCCAAGGACAAGGACCUAUUGCUCGAAAAAUGGUUGAAAAGGCAGCAGAAGACGGAACAUGGGUGAUUCUCCAAAACUGCCACCUAGCCACUAGUUGGCUUGCUGAUCUUGAACAAAUUUGUGAUGAAAUAAUUACAGAUCCUGAAAAGACCAAAUCUAGCUUCCGCUUAUGGCUGACCAGUUACCCAUCUGACAAUUUUCCUGUGUCAGUGUUGCAAAUUGGAAUAAAAAUGACCAACGAGCCCCCAAAGGGAUUAAGAGGAAACUUGCUGAAAUCGUAUCUCAGUGAUCCAAUGUUCAACCCUGUUUUCUUUAACGGCUGCAGUAAAUCCACGGUGUGGAAGAAGCUCUUAUUUGGACUUUGCUUUUUCCAUGCACUUGUCCAAGAAAGACGCAUGUAUGGAUCACUUGGAUGGAGCAUACCCUAUGAAUUCAAUGAUGCUGACCUAAAAAUUAGUGCUAAACAGCUUCAGAUGUUUCUCAAUGAAUAUGACCACACUCCCCUCGAUGCUAUUACUUAUCUCACUGGAGAAUGCAACUAUGGUGGAAGAGUUACAGAUGAGCAUGACAGGCGCCUUCUUCUAAGCUUGCUGGACAUCUUUAUUUGUGAGGCUAUAAUUACUGAGGACAGUUACUCAUUUUCUCCCAGUGGCAAGUAUUUUGCCCCAAAGAAUGGAAGCCAUGACAGUUAUGUGGAAUAUAUAAAGAGCCUGCCCCUUAACACAGAUCCAGAGGUAUUUGGGCUUCAUGUCAAUGGAAAUAUCACCAAAGAACAAAAGGAGACUGCAGAACUGUUUGAUGGUAUUUUAACAACUCUACCAAAAGAGAUAAGCAGAGUGGGAAAAUCAGCAUCAGAAAUUGUCCAAGAACUUACAGCUGACAUCUUAGGAAAGAUACCAGCAGAUUUUAAUAUAGAGGAAGUUAUGACCAAAUAUCCCACUCUGUACACAGAAUCCAUGAACACAGUCCUUGUUCAUGAGCUGUUACGAUUUAACCGCUUGACCUCUGCCAUUCAAAUGAGCCUACAAGAAUUGAACAAAGCAAUUUCUGGUCUAUCUGUGAUGUCACAGGAUCUGGAUGAUUUGUUCAGCAGCUUGAUUGUUGGUAAAGUCCCCGUAUUAUGGUCUGCUAAAUCCUACCCAUCCUUGAAGCCUCUGGGCAGUUAUAUUGCUGAUCUUGUACAAAGAUUGCAUUUUUUUAAGGAGUGGAUCCAACAGGGAACACCAAAAGUUUUCUGGAUUUCUGGAUUUUUCUUUACCCAUUCUUUUCUAACGGGAGCACUGCAAAAUUAUGCCAGAAAAUACAAGACUCCAAUAGACUUGCUGGAGCUUCACUUCCAUGUAACCCAGCAUGAGAGUGCCCAUGAAAUUGACAGUUCUCCGCUGGAUGGUAUAUAUAUCAGUGGUCUUUAUAUCGAAGGCGCGAGAUGGGACCGGAAGACAAGAUCGAUCUCUGAAUCUUUCCCCAAAGUAUUAUAUGAAAGCAUGCCCAUUAUUUGGCUACUACCUGGUGUCAAAAUGGCCACAAUGGAUUCUCUCUAUGCAUGUCCAGUUUACAAGACAAGUGCUCGACGUGGGGAGCUUUCCACAACCGGACAUUCAACAAACUACGUGUUAACUAUUGAUUUACCUACAGAAAGAUCUUCAAACCACUGGGUGAACAGAGGAGUUGCUUGUCUCUGUCAGCUGGAUUAUUAAUUGAUCUACAUGCAUGCAAAGACAAAUCAAUGUGUCAAGC